AUGAGUGAAGAUGCCCGUGAAGACCCUUCUCCUUUGGGAGAGGGUUAUGACGUUGAGGCCUAUAACCCAGAUGAAGCUCUCGUCCACAGUAUGUCUCGGGUAAUGAGUACCCCUGAAGGAACUAGUCAUCUUGAAGCUCUCACCAGAGUGCUUUCGACUCGGACCUUGAAAGAUGGUAAACUUGAGAUCAACCCUGAGGAUUUCAAUCUUCGUGCUCUGUUGAAGACUCUUGUUCGUCGUAUGGAUAAUGAGGGUCUAGAUCUUAAUACUACUGGAGUAGCUUUUCGAAAUCUCACCACCAUUGGUGUUGAUGCUGGUGCUUCUUAUGCUCCUACUGUCUAUGAACUUAUUCGUUCAAUUGUUGCUUUACCAUUGGCGCUCAAAAAAUUGCGCAGUCCUCCUUUGAGAAAUCUUAUUCAAGACAUUGAUGGUUUAAUUAUUCCUGGUGAGAUGUUGUUAGUCCUCGGUCGUCCUGGAUCUGGUUGUACUACCUUGUUGCGUACAAUUGCAGGGGAAAUUGAUCAGUUUAAGGGUAUUCAAGGCAACAUUAACUACGACGGAGUAUCUCAGUCCGAUAUGUUGAAAUAUUUCAAGAGUCAGGUACUAUAUAACCCAGAAUGUAAGUUGUUGGUUCACAGUGGUUGUUGA